AGCUGUUGUUUUUGUUUCUGCGUACACGUCAGAUCCAUCCAGUGCAUACCACGUACAUUCAUUCAAGCAAUUGAAUUGAAAAUAAUAAUGGAAAUUUUAAUAAAUUUGUAUAAAACAUUCCGGAAAAACGAAAACUUAUAGAAAUAAUUUUCCAUUGGAACGAAAGAGAGAGAAAGAGAGGGGAGAGUCAACAAGCAAGCAGCCAAAACUCCACUCACAAUAUGACAAAACCCAGGCGCCUGUCCGCCUCCACAAAGGCAGCUGGUCACAAAACAUCAAAUAUGUGCUUAGACAGACAACCCACAUUCCCCAUGGAGGUCAGUGAUUUUGUGGUGGCAGCAGCAGCCACAGCAACUGGACCCAGAAAUUCAUUGGUUUUACAUUUGACCUAUCAUCAUUUGAUUGUGUUCCUGUCAGGAGUGCUGGCAGCCUGUAUCUAUUAUCAUAUGCCAUGGGCGGCACAAUACCCACAACGUCAGCUGCAACACUUGCCAGCCGAGCAUUAUUUGCAAAUACGUGACGAUUUUGCCAUUUAUUCCAAGGAAGCAGAAGAAAAUACCCAACCACAACAGGCCAUAAAGGAAUUCUAUGGAGAAAGUGGGGCGGCCGUGGCCAAGCUACCGCCAGAGGAUGACACGAAUGUCAAAGAGGCCUUGGCCAAUUUGAAAAUUGCCCAACAAAUGCAUCAGUCGGGCAGGGAGGAAAAGGCACAGCGUUUAUUUGAACAUGCCUAUGCGUUGGCGCCCAAACAUCCCGAGGUCCUACUGAGAUUUGGUGAAUAUUUGGAACAACGAGAUGUUGUCUUGGCAGAUCAAUACUACUUCCAGGCUCUUACCAUAAAUCCUGGCUGCUCAGAGGCUGUGGCCCAUCGCCAGCGUACCGCUGCCAUUGUACAAUCCAUUGAUGAGAGACGUCUACUCGAAUUAGAUCGCAAGCGGGAUGCCCUCUCGGGUAUACAUGAAUCGAACGCUGCCCUAAGACGGGCAAAGAAAGAGGCUUAUUUUCAACAUAUCUAUCAUUCGGUUGGUAUUGAGGGCAAUACCAUGACAUUGGCUCAGACUCGUUCCAUACUCGAGACUCGCAUGGCUGUGGAUGGGAAAUCGAUUGACGAACACAAUGAAAUUUUGGGUUUGGAUUUGGCCAUGAAAUUCAUCAAUGCCAGUUUGGUUAAUAAAAUGGAAAUAACCCUAAAGGACAUUUUGGAAAUACACCGUCGUGUCUUGGGCCAUGUGGAUCCCAUUGAGGGUGGGGAAUUUCGCCGCACUCAGGUUUAUGUGGGCGGCCAUGUUCCCCCAGGUCCCGGAGAUUUAUCUAUUCUUAUGCGCCAUUUUGAAAAUUGGUUAAAUUCAGAACAGAGUCUAUCCUUGCACCCAAUCAAACAUGCCGCUCUGGCCCACUACAAAUUGGUACACAUUCAUCCAUUUAUCGACGGCAAUGGCAGGACUUCCAGGCUAUUAAUGAACACACUCUUGAUGAGGGCCGGUUACCCUCCAGUUAUUAUACCAAAGCAACAAAGACACAAAUAUUACCAAUAUCUCCAGGUGGCCAAUGAGGGUGACAUACGACCCUUUGUACGUUUCAUUGCUGAAUGUACGGAAAAAACUCUAGACCUGUACUUGUGGGCCACCAGUGAUUUGCCGCAGCAAAUACCAAUGUUGGAACAAACCGAAAAUACCCUAGCCAACAUUGAUAAACUACUAACCCCAUCUACGAAUAAUGCGGCGGCAGAUACCUCACCGGCAACAACGACGAGUCCAUCGCCCAGCAGCAGCAGCACUAAUGACUUUGAAGAAGAUUUCUUUGAGUCCGGUUCGGGAGAUAUUUCCUAGCGGUUGCUUCUAAAGCUUUUCAUAUUCCACAUGAUAUUAAAACGACUCAUAAAAAUAACUGUGAUCCAAUAUUUUUCUCUUUUCCAUAACCGAAACUUUGUAAAUAUGUAUAGAUGAAUUGUGGAGACUAAACCAAAGCUAUGUAAUGAAUUAUUGACAAUGAUGACCAUGUGUGUAUUGUACAUACGAAAAUGUUAUAUUAUGUUGUUCUAGUUGUUAAGUAAGUUAGAAGAAAUCUACUUAUAAAAAUUAUUUAAUUUUAUUUUUUUCCAUUAGUUUCUAAAACACACAUCCUUCCCUCAAAAACU